CCAGAGUACAUGAUGCUGAAAUGAAAUGAAGAGUUAGUUGAAUUUGCAAAUCUGAUCCUUCCAUUGAUCACCUUUUCUGCUUCUGCAAUGAUCCCUACAAAUGGCAUCACAAAAUUCAGUGACUCUGGUGGUCACUUUGCUGGAGAAACUGAGACAGAGUCCGAGAGACAAGUCCCUGAGAGAGAGCUCUCCAAGUUCUCCCAAACACUUCAAACAACAACCAUGCCUUUUUCAGCUAAUGAGACACUCACACCUGAUGACCUGGAGCAAAAUGUCCAGACUGACAGGUCUCAGUGGGUGCUCAAAGCUCCCAAGCCGCCUGGCCUGUGGUCCGAGCUUCUGAAUUCCAUCAGAGAAAUUGUUGCCUCUCAUGGAAACAAGUUUCAAUCUCUCAAGAAUCAGCCCUUCUUCGGAACCAUUUCAGUGUUGGAGGCUAUGUUCCCUAUCCUUCUUUUGUGCAAAAACUACACCGUAACAAAAUUUAAGAAAGAUUUAUUGGCAGGCUUAACUCUUGCAAGCCUCUGCAUCCCCCAGAGUAUUGGAUAUGCUACUCUGGCCAAGCUUGAUCCUCAGUAUGGCCUUUAUACAAGUGUUGUCCCACCACUUAUUUAUGCUUUCAUGGGGACUUCAAGAGAGCUAGGAAUUGGACCUGUGGCUGUAGUUUCAUUGCUGUUGUCCUCUAUGAUUCAGAAAUUAGAAGAUCCUGAGGCUAAUCCUAUUGCUUAUACAAGGCUUGUCUUUACUGUAACCUUUUUCACCGGCAUUUUUCAAGCUGCCUUUGGAUUUCUAAGGUUGGGUUUUCUUGUGGAUUUUCUGUCACAUGCUGCUAUCGUGGGGUUCAUGGCAGGCGCGGCCAUAGUUAUUGGUCUUCAACAGCUGAAAGGAUUACUUGGACUUGCUCACUUUUCAAACAAAACUGAUGUUAUCUCUGUCUUGAAAGUUGUUUGGACAUCAGUUCAUAACCCUUGGAAUCCCUACAGCUUCAUCCUUGGUUGCUCAUUUCUUACUUUCAUUUUAAUUACUAGAUUCCUGGGUAAAAGGAACAAGAAACUCUUUUGGUUGCCGGCCAUUGCGCCAUUGAUGUCUGUUAUUUUAUCAACUCUUAUCGUUUUCCUGACAAGAGCUGAUAAAUAUGGAGUUAAAAUAGUGAAACACAUCAAAGGAGGGCUGAAUCCAAUCUCAGUUCAUCAGUUACAAUUCGACAGCCCACAUGCCUCAGAAGUGGCUAAAAUUGGACUGAUUGUUGCAGUUGUCGCUCUCACGGAAGCCAUUGCGGUUGGUCGAUCUUUUGCAUCCAUAAAAGGAUACCAUCUUGAUGGAAACAAGGAAAUGUUGGCCAUGGGCUUCAUGAACAUUGCAGGAUCUUUAACUUCAUGCUAUGCUGCCACUGGUUCAUUUUCUCGGACUGCUGUUAAUGCAAGUGCAGGGUGUGAAACAGUGAUGUCAAACAUUGUGAUGGCGAUUACGGUGUUGUUGUCACUGGAAUUUUUCACAAGGCUCUUAUACUACACCCCUAUUGCUAUCCUUGCUUCAAUUAUCCUUUCAGCAUUGCCAGGUCUUAUUGACUUCAAUCAAGCUUACAAUAUUUGGAAGGUUGAUAAGCUUGACUUCCUUGCUUGCAUUGGUGCUUUUUUUGGUGUCCUGUUUGCAUCUGUGGAGAUCGGUUUGCUGCUUGCGGUGGUGAUAUCAUUUGCAAAAAUCAUACUUAAUGCAAUUCAACCAGGCAUAGAAACUCUGGGAAGGUUUCCUGGAACUGACAUGUUCUGCGAUGUGAAUCAAUACCCUAUGGCUAUGAAAACUCCUGGGAUCCUUACAAUCCGCAUCAAGUCCGCCUUGCUUUGUUUUGCUAAUGCCAAUUUCAUUAAAGAAAGGAUUUUGAAGCGGGUGAAUGAGAACGAAGAUGUGGAUACCAAAGGAAAAGUUGAGGAAAGAAUCCAACUAGUCAUUCUUGACAUGUCUAAUUUGAUGAAUAUUGACACAUCUGGAAUUGCUUCGCUUGAGGAACUACAAAACAAGCUUAUGUUGCAUGGCACUGAGUUAGCUAUGGCCAACCCUAGAUGGCAAGUGAUUGAAAAGCUUAGACUAGCCAACUCUGUGAACAAAGCAGGUGGUAAGAUCUUCUUGACUGUGGUAGAAGCUUUGGAUGCCUGUGUUAAUGCUAGGAUGGGUUAGCAUUGCAGUGUCAUUGGAUGCUUGAUUGCCUUCUUUGUGUGGUCUAGACAUAGUCCCAUACUACUUAUUAUGUAAUAUAUAAUUGGGACAUAAAAUAAAAGGAGAUGAUCAUUCUAAUCUCCUCUUUCCAAGCUAUAAGAACAUUAACUUUUGAUUUGAGUAAUUUUAUGUUGUGAGAGCUUCCAUGCAUGUAUCAAAGUUAUGUAAUUUCAAGUGGUAAUUGCAAUAUAUGUCUUGGCUUUUUAA